AGUAGUGGAAAAAGAGGUUCUGGAGUAGUGUUGUUGGUGAAGCCUAUGAAGUAGGAUCUGCUCAAGAGGAGGAAGAUCAUGUCAUUUCUUCUCUAUCUAAUCUCUCUUCACGGGUUUUAAUUUAUUGCUAACUCGCCAAAAACCAUGGAUUUUUGAACGCCAGAGAAGAUUUCUGAUUCAGAAACCAAAAAUUUUCCAAAAUUUCUGCUCCCAAUUCACUCUAUUCCUUUCUAAGGAAGAGGGUUUUACUUCCUUUCCUUUUUGGUUUGUCAACUUUUUGUGGUGGGGACAGGACUGGAUCCCACUCGGAUGAUUGCGCUCUCAUCUUCUCCCGUACGCCUCCGUUCUUUCAAAAUCUCCGUUGUUUUGUAUCUGGACUCGUGUCAUUGAUCUGUGGGCACCAGCCAGGGAGGUGGGUGUGUCGUGGAAUCAGCACAAGCGCGAAGGAAGGGACCCUUUCGGGUUCUUUAUAAUUUCGUACACUCAGUUCCAUUGUCUUUUGCUAUGUGCUGUUUGGGGGAACAAGGGAGUGUUUCUGUUUUUCAGUGCAGAGUUGGGGGUUUCCGGGCGAAUCAAUUCCCCGGGUGAUCGGUUUUCGAGGUGGGUUUUUGGGUUAUGGCCACCGGAGGUCGACUCAUUGCUGGUUCUCAUCACAGAAAUGAGUUCGUGCUUAUCAAUGCUGAUGACAUUGCUCGUAUCAAGUCUGUGCGAGAAUUGAGUGGGCAAAUUUGUCACAUAUGUGGGGAUGGAGUGGAGAUUACAGUGGACGGGGAGCUCUUCGUUGCCUGCAAUGAAUGUGCCUUCCCUGUGUGCAGGCCUUGCUACGAAUAUGAGAGAAGGGAAGGAAAUAAGGUGUGUCCUCAGUGUAAAACCAGAUACAAGCGCAUCAAAGGCAGUCCCAGGGUUGAAGGCGAUGAGGAAGAGGACGAUAUUGAUGAUCUAGAACAUGAGUUUGAUUAUGCAAAUUCUAAUACUUGGGCCACACAAGAAGUUGCAGGGGAGAUGCUCACUGUAUGCCUUGAUAUUGAUUGCGGUAACCAUGAUAGUGCCUCUGGGAUCUCUACAUGUUCAGAAUUGGUUUCCCCUCCCCUUAGCUCUCAAGUCCCGCUAUUGAGCUACCCCAUGGAGAAUGCUGAUAUACAUGCUGACCAACAUGCCUUAAUAGUACCCCCAUUUACGGGUUACAGAAAUAGAAUUUAUCCCACACCAUAUAACGAUCCAUCUGUAUCUUUGCAAUCCAGGCCAAUCGUUCCUAAGAAAGAUGUAGCUGUAUAUGGAUAUGGAAGUGUGGCAUGGAAGGAUCGAGUGGUCGAGUGGAAGAAAAGGCAGAAUGAGAAACUUCAGAUGGUUGAGCAUCAAAGACAAAAUGAGGAUGGAGAUAUUGGUGGGGAUGGACCAGAUGAUACUGAUUUGCCUAAGAUGGAUGAAGCGAGGCAACCACUUUCAAGGAAGUUACCCAUUCCUUCAAGCAUAAUAAGCCCUUACAGAUUGAUAAUUAUACUCCGACUCAUAAUUCUUGGCUUCUUUUUCCAUUAUAGACUUCUUCAUCCAGUUCAUGAUGCAUAUGGCUUGUGGGUAACAUCAGUUAUAUGUGAAAUAUGGUUUGCUAUAUCAUGGAUUCUGGAUCAGUUUCCAAAAUGGUGUCCAGUACGUCGAGAAACAUACCUUGAUCGGCUCUCACUAAGGUAUGAAAAAGAAGGGAAGCCUACUGAAUUGGCUAGCAUAGACAUCUUUGUGAGCACGGUUGAUCCUACAAAAGAACCUCCAUUAAUCACUGCAAACACGGUUCUCUCCAUCCUUGCUGUGGAUUAUCCAGUUGAUAAAGUUGCAUGCUACGUCUCAGAUGAUGGUGCUGCCAUGCUCACUUUUGAAGCACUUUCUGAGACCUCUGAAUUUGCCAGGAAAUGGGUCCCUUUCUGUAAAAAAUUUAGUAUUGAGCCCCGUGCCCCUGAAUGGUAUUUUUCUCAGAAAAUCGACUAUCUCAAAAACAAAGUUCAUCCGGCAUUUGUGAAACAACGACGAGCAAUGAAGAGAGAGUAUGAAGAGUUCAAAGUUCGAAUAAAUGGGUUAGUUUCCAUGGCACAAAAGGUUCCUGAGGAAGGCUGGACAAUGCAGGAUGGAACUCCAUGGCCUGGAAACAAUGUUCGCAAUCAUCCUGGCCUGAUCCAGGUGUUCCUAGGCCACGUUGGUGUCCAUGAUAUUGAAGGAAAUGAAUUACCUCGUCUAGUUUAUGUCUCUCGUGAGAAGAGGCCAGGGUUUGAACAUCACAAAAAAGCUGGUGCCAUGAAUGCUCUGGUGCGAGUUUCAGCAGUCAUUUCAAAUGCCCCGUAUCUUCUGAACGUUGACUGUGACCAUUAUAUCAACAAUAGCAAGGCACUUAGAGAGGCUAUGUGUUUCAUGAUGGACCCCUCAUUGGGUAAGAGAGUUUGCUAUGUCCAGUUUCCCCAAAGAUUUGAUGGGAUCGAUCGUCAUGAUAGAUACUCAAAUCGAAAUAUUGUCUUCUUUGAUAUUAACAUGAGAGGCUUAGAUGGUAUACAAGGGCCAAUAUAUGUUGGAACCGGUUGUGUCUUCAGAAGGCAAGCACUUUAUGGUUAUGAUGCUCCUGUCAAGAAGAAGCCCCCUGGCAAGACCUGUAACUGUCCCCGAUGUUGCUGCCUGUGUUGUGGGUCUCGAAAGGGCAAAAAAGUGAAGCAAAGGGACCCAAAAAAGAAGAAAAUGAAGCACAGGGAGUCUUCAAACCAGAUAUAUGCACUUGAAACCAUUCAGGGGGGAAUUAAAGGAAUCUACACCGAGCAAGCAUCCAAGACAUCCCCAGAUGAACUUGAGAAGAAGUUUGGGCAGUCACCCGUGUUCAUAGCCUCUACGCUUUUGGAGAACGGUGGAAUUCCCGAUGAAGCCCGUCCUGCAUCACUCUUGAAAGAAGCCAUCCAAGUCAUUAGCUGUGGCUAUGAAGAUAAAACAGAUUGGGGAAAGGAGGUUGGCUGGAUAUAUGGCUCUGUGACAGAGGAUAUACUAACAGGGUUCAAGAUGCACUGCCAUGGAUGGCGGUCUGUUUACUGCAUACCCAAGCGGCCUGCAUUCAAGGGCUCAGCUCCCAUCAACCUCUCAGAUCGUCUGCACCAGGUUCUUCGGUGGGCCCUUGGGUCUGUUGAGAUUUUCUUUAGCAAACACUGUCCAGUCUGGUAUGGCUACGGGGGUGGCUUGAAAUGGCUGGAACGAUUUUCCUACAUAAACUCCGUCGUGUAUCCUUGGACCUCAAUUCCAUUGAUCAUUUACUGUACCUUGCCAGCCAUCUGCCUCCUCACCGGGAAAUUCAUCGUCCCUGAGAUCAGCAACUACGCAAGCAUCGUGUUCAUGGCACUCUUCAUAUCCAUAGCUGCAACAGGCAUCAUCGAGAUGCGAUGGGGUGGCGUAGGAAUAGAUGAUUGGUGGAGAAAUGAGCAGUUCUGGGUAAUAGGAGGUGUUUCAUCACACCUUUUUGCUCUUUUCCAGGGUUUACUCAAGGUUUUGGCCGGCGUCAACACAAAUUUCACCGUUACCUCCAAAGCAGGUGACGAUGGAGAAUAUUCUGAGCUUUACCUCUUCAAAUGGACAUCUUUGUUAAUUCCUCCGACCACAUUACUGAUCAUAAACAUAGUUGCUGUCGUGGUUGGCAUCUCCGAUGCCAUCAACAAUGGAUACGAAUCCUGGGGCCCCCUGUUUGGUAAACUAUUCUUUGCCUUAUGGGUGAUAGUCCACCUCUACCCCUUCCUCAAAGGACUGAUUGGAAAAAAAGACAGGCUGCCCACCAUCAUCCUGGUCUGGUCAAUUCUGCUGGCCUCACUCUUAACUCUUUUGUGGGUUCGAAUCAAUCCAUUUUUGACCAAAGACGGCCUUGUCCUGGAGGUUUGUGGAUUGGAUUGUGACUAAGAUAUUAAACAGAGUUUAGAUCGUUUUUACUUGCAUCCCAGAGAAGCGGUUUUUUUUCCGGUUUGCAAGACAGAUUUUUGUCCUUUGGACCAGCUGCAAGAACACCUCUCUGCUGCCAGGAUCUGCAAGAUGACUAGACAUUCCAGAGCCAAGGAGAACGUCCAUUGCUGAAGAAAGCUAGAGCAGGAAGAUGUAUAGUUACAACAAAGAAAAAAGCAGAAGCUGACGGAUCGAUUUUCAUUUGAUUUUUUUUUCAGGGUUUGAUUGAUUCUUUCAUUAGAUGCAUCUGAGCUUCUGAUUUUUUAUUUCCUACCUUUUAUGUUCUGGGGUUAUUUCAUGGAACUAUAGAAUUCAUUCCCUUUUCAACAGGGGCCAUCUCAAAGGUUUAUUUUCAUGUAACUUCUUCUCACUUCAUUACAUUACAUUUUGGACAAUGUAGGCUGUCAAGUCUAUUCUUGGUACUAUGACAUUCUUCUUUGUUCUCUCCA